GACAAGCUGCCCAUGUUAAUACGCGCUAUCGACGUCGAGGGCUUCGGCGUUCUCAGCAUACGAUACGUGUAUCAGCGUAGCGAGGCUGUGGACGCUAUACAUCUGCUCUUCCUUCAUGACUCUUUCCUAGAAUCGCGGAAGCUCCUACCUCUUCUGACGGCGAAUCACCCUCGGAUUCACGUCGUGGCGAUCAGUUUGCCUGGCUAA